GCGGCGGAAGAGGAGGGGCGUAUUUUAAAUCCCGUCGGCCAAUCGGAGCGCGCAGCGUCGCCCGUAACGCCCCGGACUCAAGUUUGAAAGAGUUGCCGGGACGCUGCAGCAGGAGCAACAGCCGCCGCCGCCGCCGCUUACGGACCGCACCGAGCACCGCAGCAGAAGCAGCGACCGGUUGGUCUCCCCGGUUGGUCUCCCCAGCAGCAGCAGCAGCGGCGGAGGAUGUGCGCGGCGGUGGCGGCCGGGAAGGGCGCGGCGGCCAAGGACGGGGCGUCGUCGUCGGUGCCGGUGCCGGAGGAGCUGCUGGACCCCCGCAGCGGGCGCCGCUACUCGGUGGGGCGCUUCCUGGGCAAGGGCGGCUUCGCCAAGUGCUACGAGCUGACGGAGGCGGGGGCGGCGGGCGGGGCGGUGCUGGCCGGCAAGGUGGUGCCCAAAGCCCUGCUCAUGACGGCGCCGCAGCGGCAGAAGAUGGCCAUGGAGGUGGCCAUCCACCGCACCCUCCAGCACCGCCACGUGGUGGCCUUCCACGGCUUCUUCGAGGACCCCAACUUCGUCUUCGUGGUCCUGGAGCUCUGCCGCCGCCGGUCCCUUCUGGAGCUGCACAAGCGCCGCAAAAUGCUGACGGAGCCAGAGGUCCGCUACUACCUACGGCAGAUUGUCUUGGGCUGCCAGUAUCUCCACGCCAACAAGGUCAUCCACCGGGACCUGAAACUGGGAAACAUCUUCCUGAACGAUGACAUGGAGGUGAAGAUAGGUGACUUUGGCUUGGCAACGAAGGUGGAAUAUGAAGGAGAACGGAAGAAGACGCUCUGUGGGACUCCCAAUUACAUCGCCCCCGAGGUGCUCAGCAAGAAGGGACACAGCUUCGAAGUGGACAUUUGGUCCAUUGGGUGUAUAAUGUAUACUCUCCUGGUUGGAAAGCCCCCGUUUGAGACGUCCUGUCUGAAGGAAACCUACAUGAGGAUCAAAAAGAACAAUUACACCAUCCCACUGCACAUCAACCCUGUCGCUGCUAACUUGAUCCGGAGGAUGCUGCGGCCAGAUCCGGCCACCCGCCCCACCAUUGAGGAGCUGUUAAGCGACGACUUCUUCUCGACGGGUUACACCCCUUCCCGGCUGCCCCCCAGUUGCCUCACAGUUGCGCCCAGGUUCUCUCUGGCCCCCAACGGGCCCGACACCAGCGGAAGGAAGCCAUUGACCGUGGUUAACAAAGCUCCAGAGUGCCCUACAACAGACAAGCCCCCUGAGAGGGAAGCCGAGGGUGCCCAGCGGGAGCCCGAUGACUCUGUCGAAAGUCUCCUGAUGGAGCUGUUUCAACAGCUAAGAGUGUUAAACUCCUGCAGGCCCUCCGAGAGAGUCCCCGUCAAACAAGAGGAGGCCGAAGACCCUGCCUGUAUCCCCAUUUUCUGGGUCAGCAAAUGGGUCGAUUAUUCGGAUAAGUAUGGCCUCGGCUACCAGCUGUGCGAUAACAGCGUGGGGGUCCUCUUUAAUGACUCAACUCGCCUCCUCAUGUACAACGACGGGGACAGCCUACAGUAUAUCGACCAGAACAGCUCAGAGUCAUACUACAACCUGCAGUCCUGCCCGGACUCCCUCACCAAAAAGAUCACUCUGCUGAAAUAUUUUCGUAACUAUAUGAGCGAGCACCUGCUGAAAGCUGGCGGGAACAUCACCCCUCGUGAGGGAGACGAGCUGGCCCGCCUCCCUUACCUGCGCACCUGGUUCCGCACACGCAGCGCCAUCAUCUUGCACCUCAGUAACGGCACCGUGCAGAUCAACUUCUUCGAGGACCACACCAAGGUCAUCUUGUGUCCCUUGAUGGCGGCCGUCAGCUACAUCAACGAGAGGCGGGAGUUCCGCACCUACAAGCUUAGCCUGAUCGAGGAAUUCGGCUGCAGCAAGGAGCUGGCCAGCCGGCUGCGCUUUGCUCGCACCAUGGUGGAGAAACUGCUAGCCAACAAGGGGGCCUUGCUCAGCGUCCCGGCUUCUUCCUAGACGCCAGCCAGGACUGAGGCCGGACUCCCACCUGCACAGAGGGUUGACAGGUCCACUACCUAAGCCCGAGGCCGCUUUGCAGCUUGGGCAGUCUGCUCCUCUGGGUUACGCAGAACUGAAGCAGUGUGGAAGGGGGGGGUGUGUGUCUUCUUUGUCCUGCUUGGGGGGGUGUCUGUCUUUUUUAUGUUGUUCGUUCUGGUAACUUCUUUUUUAAAGUAAUAUUGAAUAAAGGUCAUUUUCAUACUGUUUGACUUGAAA